AUGGAAGAUCUGGAGACCCGCAAAGCACGUAGGAUCGAGCAGAUGGUAGCAAAAUGGCUGCGUCGGUCACGGGAUAAUACAGCCAGAGGGAGAGCAUCAGUGAGUGAAAGAUCUGAUGAAUUUAGGCAAGCAGCAAGUAGUGUAAAACUCACUGUGGACAUCCCAAAAGAUGCAUUGCUUGGAGAUUAUGGUUUUGCAGUUUCCCCAAAUCCUCCCCUUCUUAUCACAUCAGUUGCUGCAGGCAGAGUUGCUGAUGGGAAGCUUCUGCCUGGGGACCACAUUCUUGCAAUAAACAACGAAGCAGUGGGAGACCUUAUCGGUGAACAAGCAGCUGCUCUUCUAAGGGAAUCAGAAGAAUCUGUCCACUUUACAGUCCUCCGAUGUACCUCGGGUGGCCCUAAAUCGUCCUUCCUUACAGCAGAGAAAAGAGCCAGGCUAAAAACGAAUCCUGUCAAAGUCCGUUUUGCAGAAGAAGUCGUGGUUAACGGACAUACUCAGGGAAGUUCUCUGCUAUGCAUGCCCAACGUUCUCAAAGUGUACUUGGAAAAUGGGCAGACGAAAGCUUUCAAGUUUGACUCGAGCACGACUGUUAAGGACAUUAUUCUCACUUUGAAAGAAAAGCUUUCCAUUCGAAGCAUCGAACAUUUCGCCCUGAUCUUGGAAGAGCAGUACAACGUGUUGAAGAUGUACCUUCUUCACGAGGACGAACUCAUCACGCAGGUAGUCCAGAAGAAAGAAUCUCACAAUUACCGGUGCCUCUUCAGAGUCAGUUUUAUACCCAGGGAUCCACUGGAUCUGCUGCAGCAAGAUCCAGUUGCCUUUGAAUAUCUCUACUUGCAGAGCUGCAGCGACGUACUUCAGGAGAGAUUUGCCGUGGAGAUGAAAUGCAGUGUGGCUCUGCGGUUGGCAGCACUCCACAUCCAAGAGCGGAUUAUCACUUGUGCUCAGCCACAGAAAGUAUCUCUGAAAUAUAUAGAGAAGGAUUGGGGAAUAGAAAAUUUUAUCUCGCCAACAUUACUCCGAAACAUGAGAGGCAAAGACAUCAAAAAGGCCGUUAGCUUUCACAUGAAGAGGAACCAACUUUUGCUGGAUCCAAGGCAAAAGCACCUCCUCUCAGCAACACAGGUGCGCCUGUGUUACCUGCAGAUUCUUGGAGACCUGAAACUCUACGGAGGGAAAAUCUUUAACGUUACUCUCAUGCUCCAGGACAGAGAAUCAUGCGUUGCCCUGUUGGUGGGAGCCAAAUAUGGAAUCAGCCAGGUUGUGAAUAACAAACUGAACAUCAUCACCAUGUUGGCAGAGUUUGCUAACAUUAGCAGACUGGAGCUUCUUGAAGAAUCGGACAAAGUGAGCAUGGUAAAAAUCUACCUCCAAGAUAUUAAGCUGCUGACUCUGAUGGUGGAAUCGAACAGUGCCAAAGAUCUGACUUGUCUCAUUGCCGGCUACUACAAGCUGCUGGUGGAUCCAACCAUUUCAAUUUUUGUUUGGGGGGAGAGAAAGCCCCAAACACACCGCUACUCCACGGAGGAAGGGUAUGAAUCUCGAACAGGCAGUGAUUCUGAAGAAUCUUCCGAACUGGACUCCUCCUUGGACCGGCUUUCAGACACGCACUCACCAAAAUGCAGCCGCGUCGUCCCUCUGCAAGAGGAACAAGGGGAGCUAGAGGAGCUAGAGCAGGAGAAGGAGGGUGUGCAUCAGCAAGAGGCAGCCUUCUGCAGUGGAUGUGACAACUUGAACGACAGCUUAUCCGAGGCCUCUGACUCAGCCAACACAGAGAGUCGGGGGCUCAAGACCAGCGGCUCGAGUGACUCUUUAGAUGCUCUGGAAGAAGACGAUUUAGAAGCGUGCUCUUCAAGCAGGCCAGAUUUUUUCAGUUUUGGUACACCCACUCUUCAGGAUCUCUCCAGCAGCGACAAGGCCUUCUUAGGAACAGAUUAUGAAACCAGAGCCACUGCAGAGGAUUUCUUUUCUUUCCUCCCCCUGCCCCACUUUCCCAAUUCUGUGCUUGCACAGUCAGACGCAGACUUCAGAAGAGAAAGCGAAACAAAUGCAGUUGUUCUGGAAUCCAAGUUGGCCGAGAACAAUACCAUGGACUACUACACUAUCUGCGCGAACAUCUCCCCAGCCAGCAGUGGGGAGAAGAACAGCCACAGCGACGGCACAGAGGGUGGCUCUUUGCAAGACCUGACAGCUGAGCCCAGUGCAGAUGGGAAAACGGACAGGCAAGAGUCGCGUGGCUUCGUCUUGGCUCCUCCCCCUGGCUUUGGAGAUACCAGUUCCGAGGAUGAAUUCUACGAUGCAGCAGAACGGGUGACGCCAACAGAGGCACGAACAGGCUCUGGCGGUUUUCAGGCAUCUGCACAGAACUCACAAGAUUUUGGCCUUGCAAACGCCUCAUCCUGUGGCAGCUUGGUUGAAAACAUUCUGUCAAGACACAACCAGAGGGUCAUGCACAGGGCAGAAAAGGAGCCAACAUGUAUCAACAGUUUGAGGAAAAGGCGGUCGUUUUUACAGACUAAUUAUACCUCACAAGUUAGUUUCCCUUUUGAUUCACCUCACACCAUGGAGAACAUAGAUUUUGUGUGUUACGGCAGAGGACUAGAUUCUUCCAGUGCCUCAUACCCACCAGCUGAACUUCCCACUGAGAGAGACCCUGAUCUUCUCAAAGCCAAACAUGUAGUCCAACUAGACUCUUACACAGCCACCAAGAAUUCGUCUAGCUUAAUGGAGAUGGAGCCAGAUACAUUAGAAACUAAAUCAGUAACUGAUUCAGUUGUUUCUUCUAUCUCUGCCGUUCACAUCCCAGGUGCUCAGGAAAAUGAAAGGAGUUCAGACUUCCUAUCUAGCCUCUUCUCCAAAGAGGAGCAGAAGAGUCCUUUUAUCUCUUCCUCUUCACCCAAUCAGAACAUGUGUUCAAGUGUGUCAGAAACCCCCUUUCAGAUGGAAGAUUUGAACAAUACUUGGAAUAAAGAAAAAGAGGAUUCUACAGAAAUGUCUUGUAGCAUUCAGGAAUAUCGUGUAACAAACACAGAGCAUCAGACAGAGGAAAUAUCAGACUGUAUAUCAGAAGCCCCACCAGACACUGGAGUCAGCUAUGUAUUGAUUGAAGAAAUAAUACACACAACUACCAAACCUUCUCGGUCUCUGGACAGCCAUCAGAGCAAACAGUUAAUUUACGAACCGUCCUUGGAUCAAGAUACUGUUCCUUCUGACAAGGUAAAAAAUCAUGAACAGCUUCCGCUGGUCCCCUGCGAAAGAGCCAAAGAUGACUCUGCCUUGUAUAAAUCGAGCAAGGCAUUUGAAGAGGCAUUACUCCAAGAAGAGACAAGCAAGAGCCCGAGUGAACAUUUCUAUCAAAAAACUGGAGAUCAAAAACAAGUGGGUUUCUCAAGUGCAACUGAGCUAUUUUCUGAAUCUGACGGCACUUCAGGGAUAGUGACUCGUCUCUCCUGGCUAUCUUUUAAGUCCAUGGUAGAGAAUACAGAACCAUGUCAGCAAAAUGAUGAUAAAUAUCAGAGGAGUAUUGAACCAAGUUCCCCAGUUGAUAGUCAGGUCUCAUUAAAAGAGGAUCACUUGCUUUCAGAUGGCCUAAGUCAGUGGCCACCCCACAUGUCAGCGGUAACAACGUCUCAUGAAGACAACCAGAAAACAGAAGAAGAAACCCUCUCAGAAGAACCCCUGGAUUAUAAAGGUGAACAGCCCUAUCUGCUAUCUGUUCUCACAAAGGAGAAUGUGGAACAAAGAAAAUAUGACAAUUUAAAUGGACUAGACUAUUUGCCGCUUGGUGUUUUGUGUAAAUCCGCAGGGCCUAAUGAGGAAAGUAGUGUUUCGGAUCAAUCAUUUCUGCAUUCCAUCCCAACAGAAGGUGCUGAUGGCCCUGUGAUUUGUAACCACACAGACUCUCUGACUUCAAACACUAAGGAAACAUUCUCACCAAAACGUAAAAUAGACAAAUGCAGUUGCCAGUUUUCUUAUGCCAGUUGUUUUCAUGGGUUAGACAACGAAUCGGUAUUACAGGACACCGACUCACCUCUGCAAGAGACAUCCAAGGAGCCAUUAACAACCCCACCAAGAAGAAGCCCCCUGUCUUUAGACUUUACUUCCUUGAGGUCCUGUCAGGAGUGUAGUUGUGUUAAUGCUGAGCCUAAAGACUCUAGCGAUUGUGUUUGGCUUCCAGAUUCUCACAUUAAAGCACUGAGCCAUGUAAAAGACAGAGUCCACGCCUCACCACUUGACUUCUGCCAUUUGUUAGGCCAUGUAAUAGAGCUUCAAGAAACUUUAAUGCUAUUCUGGGGAAAUAGAAGAAAACACCCUCGGGAUAAGUGCUCUGCCCAUUUCUUGGAAAACAAGAAUACCUUGUGUGUGGAAUCCCAAAGGUUGAUGUCUAGUUGCCAGAAAGUCAUCAAAACAUGCGGGCCUUCUACAGAGAUACAGACCGCCAUUCAGGAGACCUUCAGGCACCUUCUUCAGCUGACAGAAGUAUGCUUUCAUUUCACAAACUGUGGUCUUUGCACCAAGAGGCACAAAGAUCUCGCAGUCAAUCUGAAGGAUGUUGUAUGUAGUUAUCACCAAUUUGUUCAGGCAGCACAGCAGGCCAAUGAGACAGGCUAUCCUAGCUUGAGCGUAAAACUACUUGUGUGCCAGUAUACGGCCCUCACGGCAGCCUUGUUCUGCCUCGUACAGCAAUUCAAGGCCCCAGCCUUUGUGUGAGAUAGAGGAUCCUGUCCUAGUGACUCUCCUUCCGGGACCUGCUCAACUGCUUUGUGGAGAAGAACCAAGCCAAGUGUCUGCAGUUAAAACCAUCUCCCCAAUAAAAAAUAGCUAAUUUGUAAAAACUAGGCUAAAGACAAUGAUUUAGCUGUCCGAUCCUAUUCUUUGAUGGAUUUCAUGCUCAAAGCUUACAUGAAUUGAGGUCAGCAGGAUAACUCGUUCCUCCUAUUUUGGUGCAUGCGCCACUCACUGCUUUCCUACGCCUUAGGUAAAGCUCACACAAGAGAUUAAUGUCUUUGGUGUGAUUCAGGACUCUUUCCAAAGUUAACUGCUGCAGUUGUAUGCGUGCAAUACUUGGGCAUCAAGUUGACACUAUCCGUAAAUGCUUUAUGGCUAGCUGAGAUAAAACAGGUCAUUUGGAUUGGUGGGUUGAAAAGGUUUCCAUUGGUGUGCCAAUUUAUGCCAAUAAUAACCAAGGUUUAAAGGGCAGCAUACUGCAGAAGUUUGCAUUUGGGAGAACCUGACUUCUAAGACUUCGUUUGGAUUUCCAAACAAUGCAAAUGGCAGAUGGUUGUCAACACCAGAUGGCUGUUAUGCUGUGGGGCGAAUACGUCCUUUCCUCGUAUUCCUUUCCCUUUCUGCCCAUGCUGGUCUCCUUUCAAUGCACGUGCAAGGUGUUGGUUAUGCAACACAUGUGGCUUGAAGAGCACUUUUCUCCUUGUGGUCUGACAUGGAGUGCCACGGCUUCCUGGAGAUAACUGUCUCCUCAGACUUGGGUACUUACUUUGAAAAUGUAUUCCAUUGGCAGCAAGCAUUCUGAAAGCUAAAUAAGUAUUGUGUGUUAUGGCCAUUAUCUGAGAAGCAACAUCAUAUUGCUUAACCAUUGCCUUUCUGUAAUUAGCGUUAAAACCAGAGCCCCAGUGCAUCCUGUUGGCUCGUCUUCCAGCAGACCUCCUGUGGAUGUAUCCCUAGCACUUUCUCAGUUCACUUCCUGCAUCUGAUGGAACAAGCUGUUGCCUUCCAGAAUUUGUGCCACAAUAAACCAGUUACUUCUUUUCUCCACAGCACCCUCUUUGUCAUCUUUGCUUCGAUAUGUAACCCCCUAUUUCACCAAAAACAGUAUUCUUAUAAAGGGAUGCCUAGUAUUUUAGGAAAAGAUUGACUGCUUUGUUGCGUAAGAGAGUAGAAACUUUUCAGUAGAAAGCUGAGACCACCACCUACGCAUUUAUACAGGUUCUGUCCAGGGCUUUUUUUCUGGGAAAAGAGGUGGUGGAACUCAGGACCGCACAAUGAUGUCACUUUGGGUCAGCUG